GCUUCCCCACAGUCGCCUGACCGCGAUUGGCUGACAUUCUCUCUCGCAGACACCUCGAAGUUUAGCCAAAGCAUCUUUCUGUUCCUCCUUCCUCGGUCCUCAUCCAGUCGUUCUUCCUUCCUCUCCCCUGUCGAUUGAGUGGCCAGCAUGACCGUCUUCAAGUCCAGCUCGCGCGAUGUGCCAGAAAUUCCGGAUAAUAUGGACCUCUACACCUUCAUGACAGAGUACUACCCCGACUACCGCUUUGACGCCCGUGGUACAGGGUACGCUCUACUCAUAGACGAAGAGACCGGACAGAAGUGGACUUACGAGGAUACAAAGGAGAGGGUUGACCUCUUGGCCAUUGGUCUGCGGGAGAAGCUGGGCGUGGAAGAGGACACGGUCGUAGCCGUCUUCUCGGCCAAUUGCGUAGACUACCUCGUCACUAUCCUCGCAUGUCACAAGGUUGGCGCCAUUGUUUCGUGUGCCAAUCCCUCUUUCCAGCCGGCCGAGCUCGCAUACCAGCUCGAUGCCUCCAAAGCCACGGCUCUCUUUGUGGGUGAAGAGGCGCAGACCGAGGGCAUUCAAGCUGCCGAGAAAGCGGGAAUGGCAAAGGACCACGUAAUCGUGAUGCAAACGCCGAAGACCUGCCAAGCCAAGGGAGCACUAAACGGCGGAGAUAGGAGGAUAAAGGACAACGCUUGGGCACUUGAAGGACUAGUCGCAGAAGGCAAAGACCUUCUCGCCUCGAAGGGGUCUUCCAUGCUGGAGAAGUCUCGGCCAAAGUUGGGAAGAGGCGGCAAUCGCAAGAAGCUGGCGUUCCUCUCCUUCUCCUCUGGCACUACCGGUCUGCCCAAGGGCGUCAUGAUCCAGCACUACGCUCCGAUAGCCAACGUCCUACAGAACUGCAUCUUCAACGAAAUGAAGAAUCCGGCCCAGCCGGGAGACCGCUAUGAACCUGGCAAAGAUGUCUCUUUAGGCGUUCUGCCCUUCUACCACAUCUAUGGUCUGGUAGUCUCCCUACUCUUCACAUUCUUCUCUGGCAUCACCAAUGUCUGCAUCCCCAAGUUCAAGGGAAUCGAAGCAAUGAUUCGCACUGCAUUGAAGUACCGGAUCACCCUCUGGUGGCUGGUACCUCCACAGGUCGUCUUGCUAGUCAAGGACCCCUCUGCAAAGAAGUACUACAGCGAGCUACGAGAGCUGGUACGCUUCCUGAUGAUCGGGGCUGCCCCUCUCUCAGACGAUCUCAGUGGCCGGCUAGAAGCCGUGCUACCAGGACUAGACUGGGGUCAAGGAUGGGGAAUGACCGAGUGCUGCACUGUGGGCACUAUGCAUCCACCCAAGACACGAGCUGUAUUUGGAUCCGCAGGCAGACUCUUCCCCAAUGUGUCUGGCAAGGUCGUCAAUGCAGAGGGCAAGGAGGUGGGAGUGGGCGAGGCGGGCGAAUUCUGGAUCAAAGCUCCCACGGUCACGCUGGGCUACUUGAGUAAUGAAAAGGCCACAGAGGAGAUGUGGCUGAAGGACGGGUGGCUCAGGACGGGUGACGAGGUCAAGUUCAACGAGAAUGGGGAUAUGUUCAUUGUUGAUCGACUCAAGGAACUGAUCAAGGUCAAGGGCUUCCAAGUUGCUCCCGCCGAGCUCGAAGGCUGGAUCCUCAACCAUGACGACGUGGCAGACGUGGGUGUCAUCGGCUUACCGAAUGAAGAGUCGGGUGAGAUUCCGAUCGCCUUCAUCACACUAUCAGCCUCGGCCAAGGAGAGCAAAAAGGACGUUGCCGAGGUCAAGAAGAGCGUCAAAAAGUUCGUCGCAGUCAACAAGAUUCGGUACAAACAUCUAGGCAGGGUUGAGAUCCUUGACGCGAUUCCAAAGACGGCUAGUGGAAAGAUUCUGCGUAAGGACCUCCGUGUCCUGGCAAAGGAAUUGAGAGCAGAAGACCCGGAGCAGGACAAGGCCAAGUUGUGAGCUACAGUGUCGAAAGAGUCAAUGCAAC